AUGUUUCGAGGGGAGACAUCACACCAUAACUUCACAACAACCCGAGGUCACCACCACAAUCGCCACGCCACACCAUCAUCACCAAUUCAACAGCCGCGCAAUAUUGCCACACCUGACGCCGGCAACCAGGACGCAGACAACCAGGACGCAGGCAACCAGGACGCAGGAAACCAGGACGCAGACAACCAGGACGCAGGCAACCAGGACGUAGGCAACCAGGACGCCGACAACCAGGACGCCGGCAACCAGGACGCAGGAAACCAGGACGCCGGCAACCAGGACGCAGGCAACCAGGACGCCGGCAACCAGGACGCAGGAAACCAGGACGUAGGCGACCAGGACGCCGACAACCAGGACGCAGGCAACCAGGACGCAGGCAACCAGGACGUAGGCAACCAGGACGCAGACAACCAGGACGCCGGCAACCAGGACAUAGGCAACCAGGACGCCGGCAACCAGGACGCAGGAAACCAGGACGCCGGCAACCAGGACGCAGACAACCAGGACGCCGGCAACCAGGACGUAGGCAACCAGGACGUAGGCAACCAGGACGCCGACAACCAGGACGCAGACAACCAGGACGCAGGCAACCAGGACGUAGGAAACCAGGACGCAGGCAACCAGGACGCAGACAACCAGGACGCCGACAACCAGGACGCAGGCAACCAGGACGUAGGCAACCAGGACGCAGGCAACCAGGACGCAGACAACCAGGACGCCGGCAACCAGGACGCAGGAAACCAGGACGCCGACAACCAGGACGCCGGCAACCAGGACGCAGGCAACCAGGACGCCGGCAACCAGGACGCAGGCAACCAGGACGCAGGCAACCAGGACGCAGCCAACCAGGACGCAGACAACCAGGACGCCGGCAACCAGGACGCAGACAACCAGGACGCAGACAACCAGGACGCAAGAAACCAGGACGCAAGAAACCAGGACGCAGACAACCAGGACGCCGGCAACCAGGACGCAGGAAACCAGGACGCCGACAACCAGGACGCCGGCAACCAGGACGCAGGCAACCAGGACGCAGGCAACCAGGACGCAGGCAACCAGGACGCAGGCAACCAGGACGCAGGCAACCAGGACGCAGGCAACCAGGACGCAGGCAACCAGGACGCAGGCAACCAGGACGCAGGCAACCAGGACGCAGGCAACCAGGACGCAGGCAACCAGGACGCAGGCAACCAGGACGCAGACAACCAGGACGCAGGAAACCAGGACGCAGACAACCAGGACGCAGGAAACCAGGACGCAGGAAACCAGGACGCAGACAACCAGGACGCCGGCAACCAGGACGCAGGAAACCAGGACGCCGACAACCAGGACGCCGGCAACCAGGACGCAGGCAACCAGGACGCAGGCAACCAGGACGCAGGCAACCAGGACGCAGGCAACCAGGACGCAGGCAACCAGGACGCAGGCAACCAGGACGCAGGCAACCAGGACGCAGACAACCAGGACGCCGGCAACCAGGACGCAGGCAACCAGGACGCAGGCAACCAGGACGCAGGCAACCAGGACGCAGGCAACCAGGACGCAGACAACCAGGACGCCGGCAACCAGGACGCCGGCAACCAGGACGCAGGCAACCAGGACGCCGGCAACCAGGACGCAGGCAACCAGGACGCAGGCAACCAGGACGCAGGCAACCAGGACGCAGACAACCAGGACGCCGGCAACCAGGACGCAGGAAACCAGGACGCAGACAACCAGGACGCAGGAAACCAGGACGCAGACAACCAGGACGCAGACAACCAGGACGCAGACAACUAG